GCGCGCGGCGACUGACACACACGUUUCGAUAAAAACUUUUUUGAUAAUAAAAAUAAGAAAAAAAAGACGAGACUGAACCUGUUUUCCAUUUUCAAAAAUAAAAGUGAUAGUGCUGAGUUGUUUUGUUUGGCAGAAAGUCACAGACUUCAUCUUUAGUGACUAGUGACAUGACAAAACCGAAUUGAUGCUCGAUUUAGUUUAUGAAUGGAGUGGUAUAGGAAGUGACGUCAUGCAUAGUGUUGUGACUGUGGCAGCGUUUGCAUUGUGGGCGAUGGUUUGUUGACAAUGCGCGAUCAUUAGAGCGAAAAGAAUGUGGCUAGUGGGCGCUGUGCUAUGUGUGUUGACACAGAGUGCAAUCGCCCAAUGGCGUUGCCCGGGAUUAAGUGCGAGGCCAGCUGCGGAGUGCUCCUGCGACCUGCCACACACAUUACGGUGUACAGGCGAUCAUACUGCGCUACAGAUAAUUGGACGUCACUUACGGGAACAAAGAGCUAGAAAUAAAAACACAGCAGUGUCACUCUUAGACUGCGCUUUAAGAGGGGUAUCUGCUCUGCCAUCUGCAUCAGUCGCCGAGCUGGCAGGUGUGGGGUUACACGGACUAGUCAUUUCUUCAGGAGAUAUAAGGAGGGUACAGCAGGGAGCUUUCAAUAGUGUUGCGACGACACUAUUAGCUUUAGGUUUACCGAAUAAUCAAUUGCCUUCAGUCCCCACGGAAGCUUUGACUCGACUUUGGAAUUUAGAUCGAUUGGACUUGUCCAACAACAAGAUACAUACUCUAGACUCAAAUUCUUUUAAGGGUAUUCAAAAUUUAACAUAUUUAGAUAUUAGUGACAAUCAAUUGACGGACAUAUCCAUAGACGCUUUUAAGCCUUUGAUCAAAUUGACGGUUCUCAGACUUAGAGGAAAUCUUCUAAAAGUAGGCGCCUUGGUUUCAUUGAAGGAAGCACACCUGUUGAGAGACUUAGACCUCUCAAGCAACGCUCUGGAGGGCCCGCUUGGACCGUCAACAGUUCCCUCCUUAAGCUUCUUGACCAACCUUCAAUUAUCCGACAAUACAUUUGCCAGUAUACGACGAGGAGCUUUGUCAGGUCUAACCAAUCUCACUCAUCUAAACCUUCACAAUAACCAAAUCGACGUGUUAGAAGACUACGCAUUUCGUCAUCUCACGAACUUAACCCACUUGGAUUUAUCGCACAAUGAGAUAGUAGCUGUCUCAGGUGCAUCUCUAGCGCAACUCAUCAACUUAGAGCAGCUGGAUCUUUCUCAUAACUUCCUCCGUUCCCUGUCCGCUGAGCCUCUGAAGUCUCUACGAAGUCUAACCGAGCUGUACCUUCACGAUAACGACAUAUCGAUGAUUGAUGACGGUGCCCUGGCACUGCACAAGGACUUGGGGAGGUUCACCAUCGAAGAUAAUCCAUUAAACUGCGACUGUUUGAUGGCAGGCUUCGCUCGUUGGUUGAGAGAAGUAAACAAGUUAUCCCUAUCUGACAAAUCAGCAGCCGUGUGUGCCACACCUCCGCAUCUAGAAGGAGCUCUAAUAUCACGCCUCUCGAAAAAUAAAUUAUGCGACGAUUUCGAUCAUAUAGAUGUAAAAGUUGAAAGGAAAAACGAUAAUUACGAUUUUAAUAAAGUCUUUGAGAACGCAAUAGACGUUGAAAAUAAAUAUGUUGAUUUAGAAGCGACUGUACAAGAUGCAUAUAUCGAUAGACAAGAUGGUCUUAAUGAUGAUGUCUAUGAUGAAGAAUUAGAUGUACCGUCAGAAGAGGAUCUGCCUAUAUCCAAAUCACAGGUCCGACUCCUAGACGCUUUAUUUGACGACGAAGAAGUUCACCUAUCCUGGUCAGUUGAACCACCCUCUGCGAGAAAGUUCAGAUGUACCGGUGUGACAGUUUCUAGAAGUGGUGGUCUACCAAAGCAUGUGGCUUGUCACAGAGCAGCGCCGGCAAACGUUGUACUUAGGGGCUUGAAAAUCGAUCCGACAGAGCAAUAUGCUUUCUGCAUAGCUUUGGAAGAAAUGGGUGCAUUUGAUAAUCCCUUGUCACUGGUGUUGGGAUGUAGUCCGCCUCAAAUGGUACGGCAACGAGCACCAUUUGUCACUGCCGUUCCAAUUGUGGUCCCUGAUGUUACAGAACGAAGGCUUUUAAGGUAAACUUCAUUGGAUCCCAAGUAGAUAAUGUUGCCAAAUCUAUUGUGCUACUCUCUAAACUAAAUCAAUGAUCAUCAUCAUCAGUCCUUUUACGUCCUCGCCGCAGGUUUUCCUUAAAGUUGGUUAAGGAAGAUGGGCCACGCUGGCACAAUGUGGAUUUGAGACUAUUAACGACUACAACUGCAACCUGGACCAACGGCUUAAGGUGCUUUCCGAAGCACGGAGUAGCGAGCUAUCUCGAAAAUAGUAAUUUUUUGGUUACCCAUCCCGCGACCGACCCUUGCGAAAGUUGCUUUACAACAACGAUGGCGAGUCGCGGUGCUUAUCCUCUACGUCAAACUUCUACGCUACGUAAACUAAAUCAAUACCUUCUAAUAAUUUGACUUCAUUUCAAUGUUAUCCUUUAGUUACAUAUAAUCAGAAAAUCUAAUUGUACUCACAAGAUUACUUUAUACAAAUAAAGUAAUAAUAUAACGGUUACUCUGUUAUUAUUAGUUUAGGGAUUGGUAAUGCCUCUUGACAGUACUAAAAACAGAUUUAUGUUUUUAUAUUAUAUAGUUGUGUUGAAAUCAUAAUAUAAGUUAUGUCAUUGACGCCGCAAAUACAAAAUCCACACCAAAGAGCAUUUUCAUGGACUACCGUUAACUUUGUAUGGGUUUCUUUUAUGCCAAAAAGUCGCCGUUCGAUGACCUAAAAAUCAAAAGAACCCAGUCAAUCGUCAUACAAAUACAGCUAGAAUAAUAUGAUACUCAUCUAAGUUCUCGAAUUCAAGCUAUCAUGCGAAACUAUUGCAGUCACUUAUACAAUGUUAUAUUCGAUUACUAGCCUUCCACCAGCCGCUUCGCCCGCGAUUAAUUAGAUUUAAGUCCAGAAAUGAGAAAAUUCCAUAAAAACUUUCAUCCGCUAAUUUACCCUCUUAGGGGUUGAAUUUUAUAAAAUCCCGUCCCAGUGAGCACCUACGUCCUAAAAAGAACCCGCAUGCAACAUUUGAAACUCCUAGCACUUGAAGUAACGAGUUCCAUACAAACUUUCAUCGCCUAAUUUACUCUCUUAGGGGUUGAAUUUCAUAAAAUCCCGGCUUAGUGAGCACCUAAGUCCUAAAAAGAGCCCGCAAAAUUUGAAACUCCUAGCACUUGUUGUUUUAAGAUUUCGUGAUGAGUGAGUUAGUGAGUGAACUUUCGAUUUUAUAUAUAUAGAUAAAUAUACCAUCAAUAAUAAAAAACGUUAAUAUCUUACACACAGCUUGUUUUAUUUUUUAAUAACAUUGGCUCACUCUUAUUGGAAAUCCCCACAAAUAAAUAGAGAUACAGACGUAGAUACUCUUAUCAAUUUUAUUUUUGCCUGGGUCCAUAUCGAGUAAUUACUUUUGGAUAGGUCAAUUGUUGAUAAAUACGCAUUUGAUAAAUGUUCGAAACUCUAUGUUAGAUACUUGAUUAGUAAAGUAACCCUAUUCUAUCCAUGCUCCUUUAGUUAUCAAGGGAUAACGCACGGGUCAUUAAAACUAAGAUCUUUUUCAAUGCAAUUGCUCAUAAAGCGCUAUUUUUUUAAUCCAUUGUAAACACCGAAAGUGAGUCUUUAAACACGUGUUAAAUAAAAAUGUGCUGAAAUCCCUUACUGCACAUGUGCUUAAAAGUAUUUUUUUAAUUUUUUUGGCCGAGCACCAAAGAAAUUAAAAAAAAAAUGAUGACAAUAUGUCAAACUUUAGAGGCAAAAGUAUUUCAAGGAACCUAGAACGAAUAUUUUCUAAUAAAAAUGUAUGACAUGAAAACAUGUUCAAAUAUGACGUUUAAUUUUAACAAAUAAUUUUUACCUUUAAUACAUACUUAGUUUUAUUGACCUAUAUAUUUGUUUUAUUUCCUCGCAAAAAGCAUUGAAAAAUGUUGUAAGAAACUUGAGCGUAAAAGGUUUUCGAAUUCGUGCCAAUGAAAACCCUCGCUACGCUCGUGUUUUCGAUUUUGCCCUUAUUCGUAAAACCUUACUUUCCGCACUCGUAUCUUAAAUAACUAUUGUAAAAUUAUUCUAAUUUACUAUCGGAAUAUAUUUUUAAGACAUAAUAAACACAAGCACAGCAAUACGUUCAAAAGCCUGUCAUAGCUUAGCCUUAUAUUUUAAUUACACAUUUUUUGUUACAGAGUAUCAGAAGUACGGUCAAACGUCACCAGUGAGGGCGUACUCACAGUUCUUAUAUCAGUUAUGGGUAUACCUAUCCCAAGAACUCAAUUCGGUUUACCAAGAUCCCAAAGGCUCUCCACAGCUGCGUCCAACUGUUAUGUAAUAUUGGCCGUGCUUUCCAGAGGAUCGUUAGUUGCGCAAAAGGAUACACGAUGUCAGCCAACAUUAGAAAUAUCAAUGGAAGGUUUUAUACGAGGCCCUUAUGAAGUCUGUGCAUCUCUUUCCAAAUUUAAAGAUGAAGACCAACCCAUCUGCGUUGUUCCCCAACUUUUAGAUGUAACUGGUUCAUUAGAAAUUAAAGCAGGUUUCAAAAAUAUAAAUAUUGCGUUAAUAGGUGUAGCUCUCGGUUUGAUGGUCAUCGUGAUCGGUUUGGUGUGGUUCGUUAGGAAAAUGUUGAAGAAACCGGCGGAGUUUGAGACCCACAGGUGUUUUAGACCGGAGCCGGUGCAGGAAGAGAGCCCAAGGUCUACAAGUUACGUUAUGUUGACUGCUACUUCAAAGGUUUAACGAAAUACUAAUGUAUGUAAAUAUGAACUGCAGUUGAAUGCUUUAUUAAAUGUUACAAAUACUUCCUUCUUUUCGUGAUUUAAUUUUAAAUUUCAAAAUACCUACUUCAAUUUUAGACAUUUUGAUAAUUUAUACACGCGAAGAAACAAAAUUUAAUCAAAUCUC